UGUAGACAAACAGGGGUGAAUUAUUAACCAGGCGGCAACGCCGGGACACCUGAGACGGCAGGACAGGGCCGAGCGCCAUGGACACAGGUCCGGACCCCGAGGGGGGCAGUAGCCCCACACUGCCCGAGGCCCCGCAGAGCCCCAAGCACCCCCAGGACUCCCAGAGCCCCGCGCGUCCUGAGCCCCCCGCGCAGCCCGGGGACCCCGCGCACCCCGCACUCCCGCAGCUCCCGCGCAGGCCGCGGCUCCUGGAGGAGGACCGCGCUCCCGAGGAGGACGCGGUGGCGACGGUGGCAAGGGGCGGCGAGCUGGGCCCAGGGGAACCCGCGGCCCAGUCCUUAUCGCUGGGACCCAAGGCCGGAGGCGGUGUCCCGCACAUUGGCUUCACAGCUGAGCCCCCUCCGUAUGCGCCCCCCGACCCCAAGGCAGCGCCUGCGCUCUUCGCGCCCUUCCCGCCGCCCGUGCUGCUGCCUCCCGCGCCUACCGCGCUCUUCCCGCCCGGCCCGCUUUUCCCACCCGCAGCGCCCGGAGCCUUCGCCUUCCCCGCGUACUGCAGCCCCGUGGUGGCCCCGGUGGAGCACAGGGCACCGCCCAAGGACUACAUGACAGAAUCCGUGCUGGUGACACUCUUCUGCUGCCUGCUGACCGGGCUCAUCGCUGUGGUCUACUCGCAUGAGACCCGUGCGGCACUGGGCAGGGGUGACCUGGCCCAGGCAGAGGAGGCAUCGCGCAAGGCCCGCCUGCUGGUGCUCUUCAGCCUGCUCUUCGGGGUCUUUGUGGCCACCAGCUGGGUCAUCUAUGUGGUGGUGGCCCUCUACCUCCCCUGAAGCUGUGCUCCUGUGGGGUUGCCGAGGGCUCAUAGCCUGGCCACCCCUUCUUGUGGACUCAGGUCCCUGUGGGAUCAGUGUCACCGCAGCAGGCAAAGGAGAGCAUAGGCGUGGCAGCUGUCCUGAAGCCGUGGCUUCUGUGGUGGCUGAAGGAUGUCCCCCCCAGCCGCCUCUGAGGUCUCCGUGGGAUCCCCGCCUGGCCUUGACCUUAAGAAGCUGCAGUGGGAACAAGUGCUGGGUCUGCAGAGCCAUCUGGAGGGACUUGUCACUUCCGACCCCGGGUAGUGAUGGACCUAGCCUGGGAGAGGACAGGCAGGAGCUGCCGCUUCCCCCCUGCUAGUGCUGCUGGGGGGCGGGCAGGCAGGGACAGACUCCCUCCUGCUAGCCACCAGGGCUCCGUGUGACUUCCAGGGAACACUGCCUCUUCCCGCUCCCUUCUGGUGAGCAGCCCACAUCUGUCCACAGCUGGACUGGGUUCCUGGCCCCUCCGAGAUGCUGUGGGCAGCUCUGCUCACUGCUCACACAGAGGCGCGAUGCUACCAGGCCCAUCCUUCCUGGUGGCUUUGCUGGGACCACUGCUCAAUCCUCCCUGCCCAUCUUCUGUCCCUGCCCC